AUGGUGCUGAAACAUGCUCAGGUAUUUGGAGAAGAGCGGCUCAAGAGGGGGGCCUAUCUCGCCGGUCUGGCGGAGGGCCCGAGCCUGGCGCAAGACCUUGGCCUCUCACCAAAGGACAGGCUUAUCCUCGUAGAAGGGUUGGACGUCAAGACGCUGCCGUUUGACCGCAUCGUUGGACUCAUCCGGAAAGCGACGUUCCCGCUGACUCUGGUGUGGAGCAGGCAGAGAAAGGCCGGAAUAGCGGCGACAAGCAAGGGUCGCGCGGCCUCUAGGGCCUCUAGAGAGGCGGAAGGGGAAGAGCGGGAGGGGGCGGGCCGCCGGAAUCCGCGGGUCUCUUCCACCGAUGCUUCUGAGGACGUGGCCGCAGCCGGGCAGCAGCAACAGUCGAUAUGA